AUGGGUUUGGGAGUCGCAGAACCAAAGACUCCGGUCGUUCAGGGCACUAUCCAACUCUUUGACCAUGUCAGCGAUGCCCAGAACAGCCACAGUACGGCGCACCUUAAACACGACAAGACCGGGGUCGUUCUUGCUCCUCAACCAUCGGACGACCCUAAUGAUCCUCUGAACUGGCCAUUGUGGCAGAGAAAUCUCAGCUUCGGGAUGGUGUUGAUCAUGGCCACCCUGAGUUUGGUCCACGGCCCUAUCCUGACACCCGUCACUGUCGAGUUGUCUAUCCAAUACAGCAAGUCCAUCAACAACGUGGCCCAUCUAAACUCCUACAUGCUGCUCGUCAUUGCAGCCUGCUCCUACAUUUACAGUGUGGCAUGCCGAGUCUUCGGGAAAAGGGUGCUGUUUCUCACCGCCGGCGUAAUUCUUGUAGCUUCUGAUGCCUGGGCUGCUUGUGCCUCCACUUACAACUCGAUGCUCGGGGCCCGGAUCCUCUCCGGCGCCGGUCAGGCUAUGUACGAGACCCUGGGCCUUGCCGUAGUUCCUGACUUAUUCUACGUCCACGAACGGGGCACUCGCAUCACACUGUUCCUCUUCUUGUCCCAGACUGGAGUUACUCUGGGUGUGCCUAUCACCACCCAGAUCGCCAAUAGAUUCGAUCUUCGAUCGUGUUUCAUUGGCCUUGCUGUCUCCGAAGCCAUCGCAGUGACCUUGAUUUUCUUUUUCUUUUAUGAGUGUGCCUAUCCACGCGGGCAUACCGUUGUCUUGGCACAUCGAAAUGACGAUGGAGUUGUAACCCAGGUCCACGAUGGCAGCCUCAAACACCAGGAGAUUUCUCAUGUUGACGUUCAAGAACAACCCGCAGAGUCUUCCUCAGAUGAGAAACCUGUGAGCUACCUACGAAAACUGAGACCCUGGUCUCCAAGGCUCAGCAAACGACCAAUCUGGACUCUUACCUGGCAUACUUUGGCCCUCAGCUUCCACCCUACCAUCUUUUAUACUGCUGUUGCAGGCUUACCUCUGUCCUGGCCCGUCGGCAUCUCUUUCACUAUGGCUCUGCUGCUAGUGUCGCCUCCCUAUAGUUUCGCGUCUAACGCCGUCGGCAACAUGUACAUUGCCGCUUGGAUUGGGACAACAUUAUCAAUCUUGAUCGGAUCCUCGAGCGACUAUUUCGUGAAGCGUCUGGCGAAGCUCAACAAAAAUGUCUACGAGCCCGAAUUUCGCCUCUGGUACCUGAUUCCUGGCACUAUCCUCUGGCUUAUUGGCUGGAUCGGCUGGGGUUUGGGCGCCCAGGUUAACGUAUCCUGGGUCGCCUUGGCUGUCUCUGUUCGCGGUCAAGAACAUCUUUCCUUUUGGGAUGGGCUACUUUUGGGUAGACUGGUACAUUUCCGCUGGGCCGAAAAUAGCUCACGUCGUUUCCGGAGCCAUCUCGCUGGGUCUUAUCCUUCUCGGCAUUCCCCUUUAUAUCUUCGGAAAGCAAGCGCGCGCUUUGUGGGCGCGCCAUCCGUUCCUCGGGAUCUACGAUAUGACAAACUGAAUAUCGUGUGA